AAAAUGGGUCGCACUCUCGACAGUUCUUGAGCAGCAACGAGCUAGAUCAAACACAAAUCGCCGAGCGAUCAUCUCUCCGUGUGUGCUAGCUUCUAAUUCUCUAAUCGAUCAUGGGUGGAGGCCACGACAUGCACGGCGGCCACAACGGCGGCGUGAAGGGCUUCGUGUCCGGCCUCGUUAACGGCGGGAAAGGCCACGGCUACGGAUCGUCAUACGGCCAGGGGCACGGCUACGGCGGUGGCCACGUGCAGGGCUACGGCGGCCAUGGCCAGAGCUACGAGCACGGGUACGGCGGGCAUGCGCAGCACGGGCACGGCGGCUAUGAGCACGGGUACGGCGGCGGACAUGCGCAGCACGGCCAUGGCCACGAGCACGGGUACGGCGGACACGUGCAGCAGCACGGAUACGGCGGUGGCCACGCGCAGCUCGGGUACCCUCCUGCCGCCGGUGCCUACCCUCCGCACGGCGGUUACCAGGCGCACGGCUACGCGCCGGCGGCCUACCCCUCUCACGGGGCGCACCACGGUCACAUGGGAUCGUACCACACCGGGCAUGGCGGCGGGCACCACCACGGCGGCAAGCACGGAGGCAAGUACCAUGGCGGCAAGCACGGCAGUAGGUGGUGAAGUACUGAAGUGGCUAGCUGCAGCCAUUGCUGGCGCGCUCUACGACGUCCACGUACCUGUGCGCCCCCAUGGCCAGUUACGUACGCUGGCGUAUCUCCAUCAUCUGCCUUAGUUGAUUCACCAUGCUCCGUUGUAGCGACCAAUAACGUCUUACAUUACUGAGACGAAGGGAGUACUACCUAAAUAAAGAGCUACGCGUGCAUGGGCAAGGUGUGUGGUAUGUAAUGUCUGUGUACCUUAAAAAAUGUAAUGAUCUAUGUGGUGACCUAAGUCUGUCGUGCGUGACUUAAUAGGAGUACUACAUAAACAUAAUUUUUAUUUUUA